UUACUUUUGAAGUCUUACGUUACUGUUUGUCAAAAUGAAAAAUGAUGUCCUUGUCGACUUCUACCUCUCUACUAUCAAAACACAGAUGUGUGAAUUGCAACUAGUUGGACUUAAAGAAGAUGACCCUCACUAUUCUGUUGUAAUGCAAGCAAUCGAGUCUGUCAGACGUGAAUUGGGCUCGAUGACUUCGCGUCUGCUCAGUGCUGCCUUACCUACAAAUACUCGGCAUAAACGUUUAUUUCGAACUAAAUAUGUUGAAGAUGUGGAUUUACGGAAUAUUGAAAAUUGUUUAGUAUCAGCUGCCAAUAAAGUUGUAAAUUUUAAUUUCGGCCAAUCUAAUAUAGAAUGUGACCUUAGACCGGCUCAAGCAAGUGCUACAGAAUUUUUAGAUACACAUAGUCGUGUUCAAGCUAUGGUUAUCAGUACAAUGGAAUCAUGUUUAGCUAGUUUAACUUCUAAUGAUACUGAAGAUAAUUCAACCAUCAAUCAAAGAAAUAAUAUCCAGGGUGGUGGUGGUGAUGAUGACUCAGAUGCAAUCGACAAUGAUUCUAUUCCUGCUUCCAAUGGGCGUAGACUGAAGUCAUUGCGUUUAUCACACAUCGCGUCUAAUGCUUCAUCAAACGAUUCACAUCAUUCCAAUUCAUUGAAACAGUCUAAUUCAAAGGUAUCGACGGUAAACAACAAUAGCAAAAUAAUUCAUACAUCUGUACAAGUGAAUAUUGCCUCAGUAAUUUAUACAACACCAGUUAAACUUCCAUCAUCAGAAUUGUUAACUAUUUCACCGGAGUUAUUUCAUAUUCUAUUAGAACUUGAUCAUUGUUCAGCUCGAUUUGAAUUUGAUUUUGUCAAGUGUGUUUCACGUCGAGUGCGUACUCUACAAGAAGCUGAUGAUGUACAAAUGGUAGCUGUACUCUUCUCUGAAACAUUAAUGUGGGGAUUAACUGUAAAAUUAUUAACAGUACAACAAUUAGCUGAUCGUGAUCCAUGCGUUCUGUUAGCUCUGCCUCGAUUGAGUAUCUUAGUUGGUUGUCGUCUGUUACCUGACUCACCUGUCGGUGCAAAUCGUUUAGCUGUGGGCCAACGUUUACCGUUUAUGUUCAGUUCAUCACGUGCCGAAUUAGCCUAUCUCUGCAGACAGUUGUAUGCCCUACGACCAGAUCAAUUAUGUCGACUAGCUAGAUGGCUUGGACCGAAUGGAUUACCAAAUUUAAUAUAUAAUCAAAAAAUAUCCACUAAACUAUCAUCACAUAUUGAGCAGGAGGAGAAUUUAAACACAACAACAUCUUCAGAGCUACAUACUACUACUAAUAAUAAUAAUGCAAAAGUCACAGUAGUAAAUGUCACCAACACACAUGCUUCUCAGCCAACUUUAUCCUCUCUGUCACCAAGAAGUGGUGGUGGUGGUUCAUUGCCGAGGAAUUUUCUCGGUACAUUCUAUCAAAAAACUCAUGUAUGGAAAACUUAUCUACCUGGACUGCAUCGUCUAUAUAAGUGUAUUUCAUCUGUGGCUGAUCAAUUCGCCAGGGAAUAUCCAACAGAAUUACGAUUCAUCCUACAGAAAGUUAUAGAAAUGCAUGACACGAGUAAUGAGAUCGAUGCAGAAUCAUCUGGUUCCACCAGUGAAAAUCCAAAUGGUGAACAAGAAGAAGAAGAAGAACGAGGACAAGUGGAAGAUGAAGACAACGACGACAACACCAAGAAAGGAGAAGGUGGUGCUGGUGCUGGUGAUGAUGAUGAUGGAGAAACUGAACUUGAAGAAGAAAUAGAAUUCAAUCCAUUCCAUAUGAUAAGUAUGAAUGAAAGAAAAAUACAAGAUUUAGCUAAUCUAUUCAAUUGGAAUAAAGUUAUGCAAUUUAACAAGACUACAUCAUGUCAACAACAUGACCACCACCACCAUCACCACAACAAACACCAGCAAGAAGGACAACAAUCAAACUUGAAUCAAUUAUUUAAGGAGUAUAGUUUACAUUUUCGAAAAUACACUAACAGCAGUACUACUGAUAAAUGUAUAAAUUCUAUGGAAUCUUCUAGUCAUUGUUCAGUGAAAUCAUCUGAUUGUUGGCUGCAAAAAUGUACCACUGGCGGUGCUGUUGCUGCUGCUGCCGCCACUCCUCGUAAUGAUGACAACAGCAUUUCAGCAUUGCGUAAGGAUAGCAUUUCAUCCAGUAUAGAAGAUAGUGUUAUUCUUGUCGCUGAUGAAAUUGGUUUGGAUGUAGCAGCGUGUUUAAAUCAUGAUGAUAGUGAUUUUGAAAGAUUAACUGAGCUGGGUGAUAAUUCUAAGUUGAAGUCAACUUCUCCUGUAAAGAAGAAGAAUAAUGACAAUACUCAAAACCAAUCGAGCACAUUUACACAAAGGCUUCAGCUAUUAAAUUUAGGAUCACCUAUUGAAGGUAUACAAAAUCUAAAUGAUUCCCUCCUAUUCAAUUAUUUACCCACUUGGCAACCUGAUUGUCCCCCCUCCUCAUCAUCAUAUCGAGCUGUUGUCAAUCGAUCAAAGCUUGAAACUGAUGAAGACAAUAAUUCUACACAUUUCACAGAUGAUGAUAUCAUUGGUGAUGAUACAGAUGAUGCUGAGGAUUAUCAAUCUGAUUAUAUAGUUGGACGUCAAUGUGCAUCGUGUAAUCGUAGCUUCACUUUGAUUUGGCGUCGUCAUCAUUGUCGUCGAUGUGGGCAUAUCUUUUGUUCAAAAUGUUGUAAUCAUUGGCAACCGAUUGAAGGGUUGGCAAGUGAUAAACCAGUACGUAUAUGUCUUGAAUGCUAUGAAUUUCUUAGUCCAAAUAUCUGA